AUGUACAAAUGCUUCACUGAGUUACUUUUGGAAAUUUCAGUGCUACUCAAACGAUAUCUUAUUUCACAAGGUGCCUUCUUAUCGUCUAAAUUGCGACGAAAACAUUUUGGCGAUCUUACUAUGGCUGCCCAAAAUGGUUAUCCGGAUAUGAACGUCAUUUUCUUCAAAGGGAUUCCGAAGUUGAUGCAGCGUCCUAAUAAUUGUCAGUCGUAUCCAUGGCGUGAUAUAAACGCAUCGGAUGGUGGUAUGCUCGGAGGAGUGCAGUGUCCGUCAAUGGGUUCCACUCACGUAUCUGAUUGCGUCGAAAUGGAUUUGGAUGGCAAUAUGCGUAUGAAUAUGAGCGAUAAAAACGAUACGGCUCAUUAUAACUUAUUCGAUUCAAUUACUGAAUCUAAAAAAGUUGGAGGUUUACAAAGUGAAUCCAAAAAGUAUCCUGGGGAAAUGGGCAUCGCUUUGUUGAGAAGAGCAACGAAAUGUAAGGCGCGAUACAAUCAUGUCAAGUUGUUCAUGACAAGAGAGCAACUGGAUCAGUACAUUGAGCAGAAUAAAUGGCUGCGUAUGCACGAAAAUAUACGUAAACAUAAAGGUGGACUGGCGAUUUAUUGCCGUUGUAGCGGUAAAAAUGGACGGCAUCGAUGCGGGCAUAAGAUGAUGGCUAUCCAACGACCUGAGGGUUGUUUUGUGGCAAAGACAACUGAUGGAGGAAAAGCGCAUAGACACGAGUAA